AUGGCUCCUACCCCGACGGCCGUUAAUGGCCUACUAAGACAAGUGAUACAUUACCAUCUUGACAACGCCUCAUACGACAACGCCCUUUUCUUCUCCGAACGCUUGACGGCACAAGACCCAAGGUCCAGCGAGUCUGCAUACCUCUACUCGCUAUGUCAUUUGCGUCUUGGUGACUAUCGCUCUGCUUACGACGUGAGCAAGGCCAUAGGAUAUCGAGGUGCUCAUUUGGGCUGUGCCUGGGUAUUCGCUCAAGCAUGUUUGGCACUCGAAAGAUACAAGGACGGCCUAUCAGCCUUAGAGAAGGCUCGGGGCCUCUGGGCGUCAAAAUGUAGCUUGGGAAAACACAGCGCGACGGCCCGAACGGCUCUCCCUGAUGCGCCUGCAGUACUAUGCCUUCUGGGAAGAUUGCACCGCGGCUACGAUGACAAGAAAAAGGCCGUUAGCUGCUAUGAAGAGGCUCUGCAACUCAACCCUUUCAUGUGGGAUGCCUUCUCAGCUUUAUGUGACCUUGGCGUUGCAGUUCGCGUACCAACUAUCUUUAAAGCCAACGACCCCCUUGUCCAUAGCUUUGAUGUGGAAACGAACCCGAUGAUAUACAGAGAAGGCUCCGUGCCAAUCCCUUCCGACCUACCCGCAAAGAAGUCGCAAAGAAACGCCGCAGUGGAUGUUGGGAACGAUCCGUUCAGCUCAAGUCACAACCCUGACAGCCUCGAGCUGACAAACGGCGAUUCUAGCCAGGAAGUCCACAAAAGCGACUUCAUGCUGAAGAUUCAGGAGGGACGUAUACGUUGUACAGCAUCAACUAAUAGUAGCUCUGGCUUCGACGGAAUGGAGACACCUCCAGGCCCGAUAUCGUCAUUCACGACAUCGUCCCGCCUCGGCCAAUCCCACGAGCCUCCCCAAGCACCGCCUCGCCGGACACGGCAAGCACAAGCUAUUGACCAAGGACAUGACGUUCCUCCACGAAUGAACUACCGUAUAGGUUCCCGGCGCACAAGGGCGCAAGAGAAGGGACAGCAAGAGCAGUCAACCGAAAACAUAAUGACUGACGCAUCCAACUCGGCACCUUCCGCAUCGUUGCGGCCGUCCAUACCAGCAGCGGAAAGGAAACGGACUGUAUCAGGACACCCCGCACAACGAGCGACAAUUACAGAGGAGCCGACAACAACGCGGCGCAGUGCUAGACUCAACAUGUUCCGACCAUCAUCCAAAGCAAACUCAAGCGCGACCACAAUAGGAACGUCAGCCCCCAGGGAAUUGAAAAAGGCGAGACCCCCCAUCUCUCGAAUCGUUCGACCUGGUUCUAGCGGCAACAAUGUUGGCCGUGUGGUUAGUGGCAAUCGCAAGCCUCUAGAAGAUGCUCAUGUGGAGAUUGACCACGACGAAGUCCAAAAACCCAAGGACGUACCGCCACCUCCCCCCGUUCACAAGACAUUGGAGUUGGAUGCUCAAAGGCUCGAAGAAGGGCUUAAAUGGAUACUUGACCUUACAAAGAAGCUGGCGAACGGAUACUAUUCAUUGUCUCAAUUCCAAUGCACCGAGAGCCUUCAACAUUUCCAAUCCCUUCCUGUGUCUCAUCAGAACACCCCCUGGGUGCUUGCUCAGAUGGGACGGGCUCAUUAUGAGCAGGCCUCAUACGCCGAGGCCGAAAAGUUCUUCCGGAGAAUGCGAGUGCAAGCGCCUUCGCGUCUCGAGGAUAUGGAGGUGUAUUCGACCAUCUUGUGGCAUUUGAGACGGGAGACAGACCUCUCAUUUCUGGCGCAUGAACUUGUGGAUUCAGCCUGGCUGUCCCCCCAGGCUUGGUGCGCACUCGGCAAUGCCUGGUCACUAGCACGCGAUCAUGAGCAAGCUCUCAAGUGUUUCAAGAGAGCAACCCAACUGGACCCCAAGUUUGCAUACGCUUUUACCUUGCAAGGACACGAGUAUGUUACGAAUGAAGAAUAUGACAAAGCGCAGACGGCGUACCGACAAGCGAUAUCUGCCGAUAAGCGCCACUACAAUGCAUACUAUGGUAUUGGAAGAGUUCAGGAACGUCUCGGUGCAUACGACAAGGCGUAUACGCACUUUCAUGCCGCUCAAAGUAUCAAUCCUAACAACGCAGUCCUGAUCACCUGUAUCGGAACAGUGUUGGAGAAGCAGAAACAGAUAAUGCCUGCUCUUCAAGCAUACAGUAAAGCAGUAGAGCUUGCCCCCCGCGCCGCCCAAACCCGGUACAAGAAGGCCAGAGCGCUACUUGCUGUUGGCCAGCUCGAACAGGCACAAAAGGAGUUGAUGAUAUUGAAGGACUUGGCACCAGACGAAGCAACGGUCCACUUUCUUCUCGGCAAACUGUAUAGAAGCAUGGGCGAGAAGCAGCUCUCAGUGCGGCACUUUACUAUUGCUCUUGCCCUGGAUCCCAAGGCAAGCCAGCAGAUCAAAGAAGCCAUUGAGAGUUUCGAGGACGACGUGGAGAUGGACGACUCAAUGAUGUGA